AUGGAAGAAAGUGUGGAACAAACGAGCAAAAUAUUGCUGUCCCUCACAGUAUCUGAGGCUGCUGCUCUCAAAGAAGGAAUCAAUUUCCUAAAGAACAAAGCGGAUGGAAAGAGCUACAUCUUGUACAAGGAUGGAGAUAUUGUGCGAGCUUGCAAGAACGUGUGCAAACACCAAGGAGGGCUAUUUAUUAUGGAUAUGGAAGACCUAACAAAAAAUUGUGUACGUUGCACUAAGCAUAACUGGAAGCUGGAUGUGAGCACGAUGAAAUAUGUUAACCCUCCUGACAGCUUCUCUCAAGAUGAACUAGUUGUUGAGAGUGAUACUCAAAAUGGACUACUGCUAAUUGAACUGCAACCUCCAAACCCAUGGGAUAUAGACCCAAGGAAUCUUGAAGAUCUGGCUUUGGGUGAGGUGCAGGUAACUUACCUGACUCAUGCAUGUAUGGACCUUAAACUCGGAGAUAAGAUAAUGAUAUUUGAUCCAUGGCUAACCGGUCCAGCCUUUGCACGUGGCUGGUGGCUUCUUCAUGAGCCCCCCAAUGACUGGAUGGAAAGACUUUGCCGUGCAGAUCUCAUCUAUAUCAGCCACAUGCAUUCUGAUCAUCUCAGUUACCCAACACUGAAGAGACUUGCUGAACGGAAGCCAAAUGUGCCCAUUUAUGUUGGAAACACAGAACGGCCUGUGUUCUGGUAUCUCAACCACAGUGGCAUAAAGCUGACCAAUAUUAAUGUUGUUCCAUUUGGAGUUUGGAAAGAGGUGGACCGGAAUCUUAGAUUCAUGAUAUUGAUGGAUGGUGUUCAUCCAGAAAUGGAUACUUGUAUUAUUGUUGAAUAUAAAGGGCAUAAAAUUCUAAAUACAGUGGAUUGCACCCGGCCUAAUGGUGGAAGGCUUCCUGAAAAAGUUGACCUUAUGAUGAGUGACUUUGCAGGAGGAGCUUCAGGAUUCCCUAUGACAUUCAGUGGAGGGAAAUUCACAGAGGCAUGGAAAGCCCAGUUUAUUAAAACUGAAAGGAAGAAAUUACUGAAUUACAAGGCCCAGCUGGUUAGCGAACUGAAGCCAAAAGUCUUUUGCCCUUUUGCAGGAUAUUUUGUUGAAGCUCAUCCUUCUGACAGCUAUAUCAAAGAAACUAACCUUAAAAAUGAUCCAGAUGAGUUGAACAGGCUAAUUGAAAAAAAAUGUGGUGAUGUUUUAACAUGGACACCAAAGCCUGGAGCUACCUUGGAUUUAGCAAAGGUUCUAAGAGAUUCAACUGACAGUAUAGGAAUUAUGAAUCCUCCAGCAGGGACAAAAGUUUUCAAAGACUCAUGGGACUUCCAGCCAUACAUAGAUAUUCUCAGUGCUGCAGUUGAUGAUGAGAUAUUUCGCUAUCCCUCCUGGGUGAAAGAGUACUAUACUUGGGCUGGAUUUAGAGGCUACAACCUUGUGAUAAGGGUGAUAGAAACGGAUGACGACUUCAACCCUUUUCCUGGAGGCUACAACUAUUUGGUGGACUUCUUAGACCUAUCAUUUCCAAAAGAGAGACCAAACCGUGACUGUCCAUAUGAAGAGAUCAAAGCCCGAGUUAAUGUUGUGAGAUAUACAGUGAAGCAUGGGCUGCUCUGGGAUGAUCUUUAUAUAGGAUUCCAAACACGGCUACAACGUGACCCUGACAUAUACCAUCAUCAGUUUUGGAAUCAUUUUCAAAUAAAACUUCCUCUAACGCCACCUGACUGGACAUUUUUCUUGGCACAACACGACAAAAUCUGAAGGAAAGAUAAAACAGCAUUCACUAUUGCUGCCAAGAAAGAAAGUUGUAAUUAAUGUCCUUUUCCAUCCUCAGAGAGAGCAUAAUCAAUACAUAGUCUGAUACAGUAACUGAAUAAUUGUUAUUUCCUUUAAAAUAAUGAUUUAGAA